AUGACACGCGGAUCAAGAAGCUUGGUUACCAUUGGCACGGGUAUGGAUCACGUCCGAUCGACGAUGAGAUACCGCUGCGGUUGUUGCACAAUUCGCCGGAACACGACGAGGGCGACGCCGACGACGACGAGUUGUUGA